ACACAUAAUGUACAUAUUUUAUAACAUUGGAAAUUAGUUAAAAAUGCUAUAAAGUGGUCGUCACUAAAGAUAAUGAUGUAUUUAUAAAUCAUUUCAUGGUACAUAUUUCAUUCAUUCAUCUAUCCCUGUUGUCAAUUGAGUUCAAUUAAAUUUUUCAGUGGAGCAAAAUAUAAAAAUAAAAUAAUAACAAUACAAAAUGGAAUUUAAUGAAGAAUGGUUUGGUUUCAGUCGUGUAAGAUACAUACACUAUGGACAAUGAAAAGGACAUUGAGAGCAGUCAAUCAAUAAAUUACAAUAUGGAGGAUAUUUCUCAACCAGAUUUGCUGUGCCAUACCUAUUCAGUUGAUUCUCAAGUGACAAGUAAAACACAUUUAAACAUAAACAAUUCAUUGUCAUUUAAUAAUGCUUCUUGUGAACAUUCUAAAAUGCAAGAAGAAGAAUGUGCUUUUUUAACAAAUAAUCUACAAAGUGUUCAUUUGACACGUGACAAUCCAUUAUCUAUUAAUUUUCCAUCACGGAGACGUCGAUUGAUACCUAUCAAUAAUAAAGCUAAUGAUUAUGAUUGUGAAUCAAGUUCUGGUAGUGAAUUCAGUGAUAAUACUGACAGAUUCUUGAAUGUGGACCUUGGAACCAAAUCGAUACCUGAAUUAACAGCUGAAGAAGAACUCAAAGAUGAACGUAACUGGAGGUCUUGUACGGUAACUGGUGUUAUUAGUAAGAUUGACAUGAAAGUAAUUGAGCCUUAUAAAUGUGUACUAUCACAUGGUGGUUACAUGACAACUGGUUCACACAAUGCUAUAAUUGUAUUUAGUGCAUGUUAUUUACCGCAUCGUGAUCGUGUAGACUACAAUUAUGUUAUGAAUAAUCUAUUUGCAUAUGUAGUUUCAACAUUGGACCAAUUAGUUACAGAAGAUUAUGUUCUGGUAUAUCUGCAAGGAGGUACUUCAAAGGAUUGUGUUCCUGGUUUCUCCUGGCUGAAACGUUGUUAUAAGAUGAUUGAUAGAAAACUAAGGAAAAAUUUGAAGUUCUUAUACUUGGUUCAUCCAACAUUUUGGUUAAAAACACUUGUAUUAAUGAUCAAACCAUUUGUAAGCUCAAAAUUUGGUAACAAGAUACAUUUCAUUAACAGUUUAGAUGAACUCUAUGACUGUGUGCCAGUUGAAAGAGCUAGUAUACCAGAUAGGGUGAAACAAUUUGAUUGUACUAAAUCAAAUUCUCACAAGUAAUAUUAAUUUCAUUAUAUAAUUAUUUAUUAAUAUUAUUACUAUUAUUUAAAAUUCUACCUUACCUAUAUACUGUCCUAAUUUUAUCAGUUUGCAUUAGUUUUUAAGUCCAGGAA